AUUAUAAAAUCGCCAUUUGUGCGACUGACGCAUCGAAUAAUAUUCAUUUGGUACUAAGGAACGAUUAAAACGUUUAUGAUUGUAUACAUUUUAUCUGUUAAAAUAUUUUAUGUGUUGAUAGCAAGAAAAACAUUUAACAUUUCAAAAGAAUUUGCAGUAUAUUAAAUUUUUGUCAUUUUAAUUUUAAUAUUACCAACUACAAAAACUAUGAGAUUUAACUCGACGACGUGGUGUCUCGUUAAUGUUGCACGUUGUUUGUUAUAUGUACGGGCUGAGGUGACACGAAUAAUUCAACACAUGAGUGUCUAGUAUACAACUGAUUUAAUUAACAAGAGAUACCACCGAGCGGCGAUAACAAUUCCAACAAUAACCGGUUCAAAUACAUAUCAGUUUGGUUAUUAGGAUAACUAAUUGAAAAAUAAGCUUGCACUAUAGAAGAUAAAUUUAUAGGUCUUAGUCUUGCGGUUAAUUGUAAUAACAGUAAAACAGCCAAAGGCGUUGCUUACUAAAACCUACACCAGUAAACAAGCGUAUAUGAAGUGAAUAUAAAAUCGAGUAAACUAUUUCUAUUUUACAUGGACCUAAAAGAAGAGAUCAAAAUUUCUGAAAAUGAUAUUCUUGAAGAAAACUGGAUAGAUUAUGAAUCAUACUUGGAACGUAAUGGAGUGACCGGAGCAAUUUUUAAUGUAUUAAAUAAUUUGUUUGAAAAAGACCCUUGGCCUAAUAGUCCAUAUCAAUACUUCUAUGAAAAAUUAGGAGAAUGUUCAGAAAUGCGCGUGACUAGGAAUAAAAUACGGAAAAAAUAUUCUAAAUUAAUCAAUGAUCUCAAAUCCAUAACAAAUGAGAUAGAAUUUUUAUUAUUAAUACGGGAUAAUGGCCUUAAAUUAAGCUUAUAUAAAGAUUUUGUUAACAAUCUUCCUCUUUCAGAGACUUAUAAUAUCAAAAACAAAAAGGUAAAACAAAAUAAAAUUAUUCAAUAAGAAUAUUGAAGACAUGUAUAAAGUAUUGAUUUUUUACAAAUGAAAAUAUAGCUAUGGCAUCAU